AUGUACACCACGGUAUAUUACAUAUGUUCGCCGUCAAAACUCGUCGCCUACGUGGUCAUAAUCGGCAUUACAUCACUCGUUCUGCUGGCACUCUCCUUCUUCACAAUUGUUCACCUCCUACACAGCUGCCUUGACUACAUUCGUGAAGUGGCGAUAAUUUCAAAACCCUUGUUGUUGGGACAAAUGACUAUAGAGGCAGAUCUCUUGGACUCGGUAAUCUUUAAUGUUGGCAUUUUGGCGGCACUACGUUCAAAGAAGCUCGAUUCCAAAGUUAUCGGGGUCAUGAUUACGGCAUCCCAUAAUCCAGAAAGGGAUAAUGGUGUGAAACUUGUGGAUCCGUACGGCGAAAUGUUGGAACAGUCUUGGGAAGAAUACGCCACGCAAUUGGCAAAUUCUCAGAACGAGGAUGAAAUUGUAGAAAUAAUCAAGAGCAUUGUAGCCGGGAACAAUAUUGACGAAACGAAAGCGGCCAAUGUAGUCUAUGCUAGAGACACAAGGCCUAGUGGACCGGCACUAGUGAUGGCACUUGAAGAUGGAUUAAAGUCUGUUGGCUGUGAGGUUAUUGAUUUUGGUGUUAAGACCACCCCACAACUCCAUUAUGUGACUCGUUGUUUGAAUACGAAAGGUACUGAAAAGAGUUAUGGAGAGCCCACUGAAUCAGGUUAUUACAAAAAAUUGUCCGACGCUUUUAGAAAUUCUGUGGGAGAUAAGUCACGCAUCUCGGAAUUAUACGUUGAUUGUGCUAAUGGAGUAGGAGCUCUCAAGCUCAAGGAACUCGCCGAACAUAUCGACAAUGACAUCUUAAAAGUCGUAGUGGCCAAUGAUGAUAUAAAGACUCAAGGAAAACUAAAUCAUCUCUGCGGAGCAGAUUACGUAAAAACCAGCCAGAGGUUACCGCUUGGAUUGGAGAUCGAAAAAGGAAAACGAGCGGCAUCCCUUGAUGGCGAUGCCGAUCGAAUUUUAUAUUACUUCGUCGACGAAAAUGGCACAUUCAAAUUAUUGGAUGGUGAUAAAAUCGCCGUGCUAGCUAGCAGCUUCAUCAUAGAUCUUGUAAAAGCCGUCAGCCUUGAAAAUAUUAAAGUUGGUGUUGUUCAGACUGCAUAUGCCAACGGCAGUUCCACAAAGUACUUGGAGAACACAAUGAAAGUUCCCGUUUCCUGCGUGCCUACCGGUGUGAAACAUCUCCACCACGAAGCAUCAAAGUACGACAUUGGUGUUUAUUUUGAGGCCAAUGGUCACGGUACCGUCCUUUUUAGUUCUGAAGCACUCAGCAUCAUUUCCUCUGCUAGAAGGGAAACUGAAGAACAGGAGGGUGCCCUUAAGAGACUACGCGCAUUAACCAAUUUGAUUAACCAGACUGUGGGAGACGCGUUGUCUGAUAUGUUACUUGUUGAGGCAAUUCUCAUUAAUAAACAAUGGACUCUAAAAGACUGGGAUCAAAUGUACACCGAUCUACCCAAUCGCCUAGUCAAAGUUGUCGUAUCCGAUCGUCAUAUAUUCGAAAGCACUAAUGCUGAGAGGACUCUCGUUAAACCCGAGGGACUUCAAGAAGAAGUUGAUGCAUUGGUUAAGAAGUACAAAGACGGACGAUCAUUUGUUCGACCUUCUGGGACUGAAGACGUUGUACGUGUUUACGCCGAAGCGGCUACGCGAGAAGAGUGUGACGAGUUGGCAUACACCGUUGCCGGUCUAGUAUAUGACAAAGCUGGUGGUACUGGCGGAAGGCCAGAGGAAUUCUUGUAA